AUGGAUUUUCGAGUGAAAUCGUCUCUCUGCGCGACAACUUCGAACGCUUUGGACGCGUGCGCGAAAGAGUUGGUGAAAUGCGCGAACGCGAAUGCGUCUCGCGGGGUUCGUCUCAUUCCGUCGUCGUCGCGGUCGAAUGAAGUGAUGCAACUGCGGUGCGUGUUUCUCGGACGAAGCGGCGUGGGGAAGUCGCACGUGGUGAAUUCACUGUUAAGGCGAGCGUGCGUUCCAAAGGGAGAGGAAGUGGAAGGAGGUGAGAACGAUGACGACGAUGACGACGAGGAGUUGAAGAAGGUGAGUGGGUACGAAACCGCGCGAGAGGAUGACGAUGAAGACGAGCCACCGCCAAUGCUCCAGUCUCCGUUAAAGAAGAAUGGCGUCGAAGAUGAUAUCGACGCUAUGGUUUUAGACGUAGCGCAAGGGUAUGUGAUUGGAGCGAACUCAAUUUCAUUGGACGAUUCCGACGAGGAAGUACCAGUUUUCAUGGUGGAUCGACAGGAUGAUUUAGAAAACUAUAUCAAAUACGAGAGAUUUAAGUUGGACAAGAUUGAAUACGAAGCCUCGAGGAACGUGGAGACGUUGGAAGAGUCGGUGAGAAAAGCUAAAGAGCAAGCGAAGAUAGAGCUUCAGUGCGGUAACGAAGAUAAUAAAGAAGAAUUAAACACGAUAGAAAUACAACGAAAGAGACAAAUAGAAAUAGAAAAGGAAGAGAGGAGGAAGAAAUCGGAGGAGACGAAAAAAUACGCGGCGAAGAUUCCAGUGUGCGAAGACGAAGAGGAAAUCGAAAAGAAGAUGGCGCCUAAGGAAGUCGGCGAGGUCCACGAGAAGAACGACUUUUUGCUCUGCGAGGGCGACAUUGGUGACACGACUUCGGUGUCAUGCGCGGCAACUUUAGGCGAUUACUUCAAGCUGGAAAUUCGGUACCACUCGAGUCAGUUCGUGUACGAGAGAGUUCGGCGUUUGCGAGAGAUUUUAGAAUUGAAAAAGAAGAUCAAAAAGAAAGACGAAUGGGAGAAGAGGUACGACGUGCAUUUCCACGACAGGAAACUGAGCGAAGAGGAAGAGGAAAGCAAGAGAUACGAAGUGGCGUAUUACGACGCGUGCAUAGAUUACGCGACUGGUUCGUUAAACGCGGAAGCGGCGUCGGCGUGCGCGAUGACGGGACACGAGCCGUACGCGGCGAAUUUGAACGACGUUGAACUCGAAAACGUGACCAUCCCUAAAAUAUUAAUCGAUAGACUCGGCGCGAGCGUUACGUUUAUUCCGCACAGAGCUCUAGAGAAUUUAAAACAGACGAUGGCGUAUUUCGAGGCUAGCGUGAAGAUGCUUCGAACGACUUUGCGCGAGGAAACCACGCACGGGUGCUGGGGAUGCGUUCGCGAUUGCACGAUUACGUUACCGUGCGUUAAUCCUAUUUAUCGCGGACUCACUUUUGUCGACGCGCCUGGCGCAGGCGAGGCUGAUCCAGCGCGAAUGCAGCAACUGAGGAAAGAGUUGUCUAACGCGGAUGUGGUGUUUAUCGUCGCUGAUGCGAGGAGAUUACCGGAAGAUGUCACAAAAGCUCUGAAGAAGAGCCAGUUUUUUAGAAAGUUCACGGAGGAUCCCGAUCGAUUUAAAAUCAUCUCGGUCAUGCAAGGGGAUAGAUGUUUUGACGGUUUAGACACGGUUUGGCGUAAAGCUGUGCAUAAAAUUAAGGGUCUGAAUGAGAUUGUACUUGCAAAUGACGGUGGCUCGAGCGAACCAUCGUCCGACAUUGGUGAAGGAUCGAACUCGCGGAUGGAUUGCGAAAGCCAAGAAGGCGAGAAUACUAACGAGGACGACGAAAGUGCAACGACGAUCGACGACGAUAAAAGUAAAUCGAAUUUACAGACCAUAAUCAAAGAUUUGCUGAAACGAUCGUUACCUACCAUACUCGAAGCGCCUGAGCAAAGCGAAUUCGACGAAGACACUGAGGAAAAAAAACGCCUACAGGCGAGGCCGCCAACUGGUCUCGCGGCUAAGGCAGCGAUUUCCGAAGUACACAGAGACAACGCGGCAAUCGUCGCAAACGAACGUUUUUAUGAACUCUUGGAUGAAAUCACGCAAACUCGAGGCUCACCACCGGAGUUGAGCGAGUUUGCCAAGGCCUUGAAGGCUACUUUUGAUCGAAGUAAGCAACGCGAUGGAGGCGACGACGAUUUACAAACCGCGAUGGAAUUGGGCGCUCGCUUUCGUCAGCCAGAAGGAAGAGCGGCUUUGCACCAAUCGUGGACGUUUGUGCCUUUGAGCAUAUCUUGGGUGAACACGCUGCGCGAAGAGUUGAUUGAUGAAAAAAUUGAAGAUGAUGGUGGCGACAACGAGAAGAGCGGCAACGACAAAAUCGACGCCAUCGUCGACGAAAUUUGUGGAUUUGCUCGAAUCGAUCGCGCUUUGCUGGAGUUUCUGCCCAAAAAUGCGGUGAAACGCGCCGCGUUUACCCUCGAUUUGGCAUCGAAAGUACUCGACUACUUUGUUGCAAAAGCGUCGCCGAUUGCAUACAUUCACGAUUGCCCGGAUACCGAAGCUAGAGCUUUACAGGAUGCCGUGUAUGAGUGCUUUGGCGAGGAUGCGGAAGACGUCGCCGCUCGUUGCGGCACGGAAGCGUCUCGCGUAGCGAGUCUCGUAGCGAUUAAAGCGUGCGAUGAAAUCAUCGGCAAGUUUCAACGAUACAUACACGCGGAACCUUCUUUCGAUUGUGAGUGCGCUUUCGAUUUCAUCGUCGAAAAAUUGCAAGAUUUGCCGUUGAGAAAGACGAAAGAUUUUGGUGAUUUAUACGAAACGGAUAAGAAAGUGCUCUCGAAAACUUGUAAAGAUGCCGCGCGUGCUAUUCUUUGUCAAUCGCAAAAGAUAAACGAGUGGUCGAGAAUAGCGGCGAAAUCUGCCGUGGAAAUAUGGAUUCGAAGGUGGAACAACUCCAGCGAUGAAGAAUUUGGAGAAGGAGAAACGCGGUCUGAACCCGUGGCUUCUUUCCGAGACCAGGCGUCCUCGGCGGCGCUGCGAGAAUUAUUCCUCGUCGCUCGCACGGCAGAUUACGGGGGGGGUGAAAACGACAACGAUUUAACCGGUUGGGUUCAAACCGAACGCAUGGUAAACAUGACCCCAGAGGAGAUCUUGGAGGAGAAAGAGCGACAAAGAGAAACUGGGAUGAACACGCCGUUGGAAACUAUCGUGCGUUCGAAAGUUCGUGAAGCUAUCGUAAAGGUUUCGGUGGUAUCGACGAACGAGAAUGGACGUAAUACCGAAAACCGUUCUCGGUCAUCUUUGGACGCUCAAAAAUUCUUUCAACUUCCGAAAAACUUCUUCCCGAUCUUAGUUCCGAACGGAUCGGUAAGGUUGGAUCUCGAGGAGCGACUUCGCGAGUCUUACAUGUAUGCUGCCAAUCACCUUCUCAACGUCUACGACGAACUUUUUAUGUCGUACGUGGAUGAAACUUUCAACGCGAUGAGCGAAGAAGACGAUUACGCGGACACACUUCGCAUGUCUCUCUCAGAGAAAUAUGCCGAAAUCAUCUUGAUGAUUGCUUCAGAAGCUAUGAUCACCGUGCGUUCGCACGCCGAGCGAUUUUUUAUGAGAACGUUUAUAUCGCCGGUGCGUAAACACGUCGAGGUGAAAGUCGCGAAUCUCAUGAAACCUUUAACUGCUAACCUCGAAGUGGCGUAUUUUCGCGAGCGGUGCGUAAAGAAACAGUGGAUCAAGCGCGCAGAAAAGGAUGCAAAUUUAGCGCAAGAAGCGAGGCGCGCGUGCAUUGAUUUCACCAAAGCGGCUUUAAAAUCGUCCAACGGGGAUGAUCGCUUCGGUUUUGAGGCUAGCGCUUCCGGUGGUGAGGGGAAAUUGAAAGACAAGAAACUGCGCCAGAUUGAGCAUCAACUCAUGUGUUCGAAAAUACCACCGUUUUACGAGGAUCCUCGUGCGUUUGUGAGCAUCGCAGAUUGCAUCACGCGUCGACGACAAGCGAAUGGCGAUCUUGACGUUAUCGAUUACGGUCUCGAAACGCGAGCCGCCUUGGAUGCUAUCGCGACCAGGAAGAAGAAGAAGAAAGAGGCAGAGAGCGCAUCGAUCAUUUCACUCGCUACAAUUGAAGAAGAAAAUGAAGAUGCCGGUGUUGUUAACAUCGAAACGUUAACAAUUGAAAAUCGUUUGGAGAAACUGGAUCUGCGACAACAAAAAGGAAGAGUAGAGCGUAAAGGUUCGGAAUCUCAAGAGACGAUUUUACGACAUCGGCGCGCGGAUGCCGAGGCGGCCGACGGCGGACGACAACAGUCGGACGACGUGACGCCAGACCAAUCUGAACCACCUCUCAACAAAACCAUCACCACAACUCGAAGUUCCGAGGACGACACGUCUAUCCACGGCACCACCAUCCUCGACGGUACCAGCGAAUUAGAAGAAGACAAAGAAGAAGAACAAGAAGAAGAAGGGAGUAAAAAGAAACCGAAACUCAUUAAAGACGAAACGCUCGCGGACACGUACGAGCGCUGUUUCAAUGAAUGUCUUCCACCAAAAAGCGGCACGACGUGA